ACACAAAGGGAGGAAAUCGCCACACCCAGUCGACACGGAGCAUGCUCUGUAUGACAUCAGCUAAGACUGUCUGCAAAAAAAAACCCCAUCUCACUCUGAAAGCAGCCACCGCCUGGUCCUGGUGUCGUCCUCGCAUCCUGCCCCGACAUGAACUCAUUGAACUAGAAACCCACAGCCGACCCCGCGCGCAAAUGGACUUAAUGGCCUGAAAACGCCAAUCAUGACUGGGAUUACUGGACAUGGAGCUUUUUCCAAAGGCGUAAAAUAACUGCAGAGUCAUGGCGCCGACCCAGACGGCCGGAAUAUCAAUAAAGUAUUCCAUUACUGUAAAAGGAGAGACCGACACAGAGGCGAGAGGCAGGGAGACAAAUGGACGGGGAGGAAAAAAGAAUCAAAUAAAAGCCUCCAGGAGAAUCAGUACAGAGAGAACCAGCGCAACCAUGAGCCACUCUUCUGUGACCUCCACCUCCUACAGGCGCACCUUUGGAAGCCCUCACCCCAUCUCCCUGUCCUCCUACUCUCCCGUUUCCUCUCGUCUUCCCAUGUCUGGAGGCCGCUACGGCCGGUCGGCUUCGCCCGCGGUGGCCGCCCGCUCCACCACCUACCACCAACAGCGGUCCCGUCCCGUCCCCCAGGCCCCGCGCCUCUCCUACGACAAGGUGGACUUCACCCUGGCCGAGGCCAUCAACCAGGAGUUCCUGGCCACGCGCAGCAACGAGAAGGCCGAGCUGCAGGAGCUUAACGACCGCUUCGCCAGCUUCAUCGAGAAGGUGCGCUACCUGGAGCAGCAGAACGGGGCCCUGAUGCAGGAGCUGAACCAGUUCAAGGGUCAGUACCAGCACGGUCAGCCCAACCGGGCCUCCGAGAUGUUCCAGGAGGAGCUGAGGGAGCUGAGGCGCCAGCUGGACGCAGUCGGCAAGGAGAGGGACCAGUACCAGCUGGAGAGGGACAACCUGGCCGAAGACGUGUCCCUGCUCAAGCAGAGGUUGGAGGAAGAAGCCCAGAAGAGGGCGGACGCUGAAAGUAAUCUGGUUGCCUUCCGCAAGGAUGUGGAUGAUGCUACGUUGUCUCGUCUGGAGCUGGAGAGGAAGAUUGAAUCUCUCAUGGAUGAGAUUGAAUUCCUGAAGAAACUCCAUGAUGAAGAGAUUCAAGAUGUGCAAGUGAGUGUCCAAACCCAUCAGCUGAAGAUGGAGGUGGACAGCAGCUCCAGGCCGGACCUGACCGGCGCUCUGAGGGACAUCAGGGCGCAGUAUGAAACCAUCGCCAUGAAGAACAUGCAGGAGUCUGAGGAGUGGUACAAGUCCAAGUUUGCAGACUUGACUGAGUCUGCAAAGCGCAACACUGAUGCUCUGAGGCAGGCCAAGCAGGACGCCAAUGAGUCCAGGAGGCAGAUUCAGGCUCUAAGCUGUGAAAUUGACGCCUUGAAGAACACAAACGAAGCUUUGCUCAGGCAGAUGCGUGAAAUGGAGGACCAGUUUGGCAUUGAGAUCGGCAACUACCAGGACAAUGUAGGCAGGCUGGAGGAUGAGAUCCGCCACCUGAAGGAGGAGAUGGCGCGCCACCUGCGGGAGUACCAGGACCUGCUUAACGUCAAAAUGGCCCUGGACAUUGAGAUUGCCACUUACCGUAAGCUGCUGGAAGGAGAGGAGAGCAGGAUUUCUGUUCCAAUCCUCAAUAUCGGUAUGAGCAACCACUUUGGUGAUCGAGACUAUGAAAGAGCUCCGGACACUCAAGGCAAAAAAACUGUGGUGAUAAAGACCGUGGAGACUAGAGACGGAGAGGUGGUGAAGGAAUCCAGGAGGGAGAAGGAGAGCGACUCGGGAAAAUCCAACAAGGACGAGUAAAUGUAAACUGUGAUGACUGAUGCCGUCCCAUCAUAGGAACAAAAUAAAGUGAAAAGAGUAGAAAAUAACAAUUCUGGCAAAUUUAGUUUUCAUUUCCUUUAGUUAGGCUGUGUGUCAUUGUCUAGCAAUGUGCUGUCCCAGCAUAGGUGCCGCGUUGGAUGAAUCCCUUUGGACAGAGUCACUUUGGUGCUAUGGAAGCGAUUGAUGAGUUGUUCAAAUCCACUUUACUACUGUACCACUCGAGGCCUUGAUUUACAGUUCAGUCCUGUGGAAAACUGGACAACCGUGCAUUUACAGCAGUGAAGUGAAGUACUGACUGAAACGGGUGGCUUAGAUAGGAGAUGUUUUGUAGCUGGAGUUAUGUAUGCCUUAUAGUAACAAACCUGCUGACACUGCCCUCUGGCCGACACACCUUAAAACACAGACGGAGAUUAUUUAAAACCGUUGGCUUUUGUUUUAGAAGCUUUGCUAUCCUCUCACUGUUCAAUAAUGUGGAUUAGUUCAUGAACACGCAAGACUGAAAGAAAACAUGCUGACACUGAAACUAUGUCCGACUAGACUUCUGCAGAAUGUGCUUUUCAAUGAUGUGUGACUCUGGCACGAAUAACGAAAGAAUAUGAAUGUGCAAAUAAAUAUAACUGGAACAAA